AUGCCGGGCCGCUCGGUGGUCUCCGUCCUUCUCCUCCUCCUCCUCCAUGGCCUCCUCUGCCUGCAGCUGGUUGCCUUGGCCGAGAUCGAGAUGGACGACGGCGGCGUCAUGGAGGAGGGCAGCUGCACGCAUUUCAGUGUCUCCCCGCCGCCUGCUCCGCCCGAGGACGCGGAGGAGCGGCGCGACUAUUUCCGCGCCAUGGCGGCCAAGGAUCUGUUCCGGCACGAGCAGCUAAUCACGAUGAUGGGCAGCGACCGGAACGGCAGCCGGAGGCGGCAGGCGAAGGAGUCGUCCAAGCUGCCAGAGGUGAUGUCCGCCACGUCCAUGUUCGAGCUGCCGAUGCGGAGCGCGCUCAACAUCGCGCACGUGGGCAUGUACCUGGUGUCGGUGCGCUUCGGCACGCCGGCGCUGCCGUACAACCUGGUGCUGGACACCGCCAACGACCUGACGUGGAUCAACUGCCGGCUGCGGCGACGCAAGGGCAAGCACUACGGGCGGCAGUCGCAGUCGCAGACGAUGUCGGUGGGCGGGGAUGAUGGCGCGGCGGCGGCGUUGGCGAAGAAGGAGGCGAACAAGAACUGGUACCGGCCGGCCAAGUCGUCGUCGUGGCGCAGGAUCCGGUGCUCGGAGCAGGAGUGCGCUGACCUGCCCUACAACACGUGCCAGAGCCCCAGCAAGGCGGAGUCGUGCAGCUACUACCAAAAGAUGCAGGACGGCACGGUGACGAUCGGCAUCUACGGCAAGGAGAAGGCGACGGUGACCGUGUCCGACGGGCGGAUGGCCAAGCUUCCCGGCCUCAUCCUGGGCUGCUCCGUCCUGGAGGCCGGCGGCAGCGUGGACGCCCACGACGGCGUGCUCUCGCUGGGGAACGGCCAUAUAUCGUUCGCUAUCCACGCCGUCUUGCGCUUCGGGGGCCGCUUCUCCUUCUGCCUCCUCAGCGCCAACAGCUCCCGCGACGCCUCCAGCUACCUCACCUUCGGUCCCAACCCGGCCGUGAUGGGGCCGGGCACCAUGGAGACGGAGGUCCUUUACAACGUGGACGUGAAGCCCGCGUACGGGCCCCGGGUGACGAGCAUCUUCGUGGGCGAGGAGCGGCUGGACAUCCCGGAUGACGUGUGGAACACCGAGAAGAAGCUCGGCGCCGGCGUCAUCCUGGACACGAGCACGUCGGUGACGUCGCUGGUGCCGGAGGCGUACGAGCCGGUGACGGCGGCGCUGGACAGGCACCUGGCCCACCUGCCGCGGGUGAAUAUGGAAGGCUUCGAGUACUGCUACAGGUGGACCUUCACCGGCGACGGCGUGGACCCGGCGCACAACGUGACGAUACCCAGGUUCACGGUGGAGAUGGCCGGCGGCGCGAGGCUGGAGCCGGAAGCCAAGAGCGUGGUGAUGCCGGAGGUGGAGGCCGGGGUGGCGUGCCUGGCCUUCAGGAAGCUGCCGUGGGGAGGAGGACCCUGUAUCUUCGGCAACGUGCUCAUGCAGGAGUACAUCUGGGAGAUCGACCACGCAAAGGCCAAGAUGAGGUUCAGGAAGGACAAGUGCAACACGCAUCAUCUCCACACCAGCACCGGCGGAGAAGUCACCAAUGGCACCAGCCGCAGUGGCAAGCAGGCCAAUUCCACCUGCAAUGGCACCUCCUCCUCCUCUACCGUCGUGCAUCGCGUGAAUUGA